GCUGUUGAUUUUAAGAUCGAGCGAUACUCGCACUGUGCAGCAGUGAUAUUUCAGCAGGCCUGAGCCGCGCAGAUUUGUCGUAGUAACCUUACACCGGUUCUCUGUCAUGUCGGGAGAGACCAGCACAGUGAGCGCACACAGCCGCCGGUGUCGAGCCCCUCCUUUCUCGGCUAGAUAGACGUCCCGUUACCCGUUCCCGCGCUUUAUUAUCCCAUUUACUUCGAAGUGUAAACAGAGAACUACACUUUGACGUCGGUGGAAUAUGGUUAAAUUAUCCCUCGCCGCGUCAGUCGGCUUCCAUCGUGCGCGGCUAGCUAGCACCGCUAGCAUCAACACCGCCGCACGUAGCCAGCUAGCGCGGUCGGUCGGUUAGCUAGCUAGCUAACGUUAACGUUACGUCUCCAUGGCGCUCGCGACUCCUGGAGUCACUCGCUCUUCACCGGACCCUCUAGUCUACUCAUCGGCGGGGCAAGUGGGCUUUUAUUGGGAGUUCUGCCGCCCGGGCGGGCCGGCGGAGGUGUGAUGCGUGUGUUCGGUGUGGCUUUGCGCCGCUGCGUGUGAAAGGCCCGGCGGCCGUCUGUUAGCCGACGCGAGGCGGUCUGCCGGCGCGGGUGGGAGGGGACAGCUGUGGAUGUAGAGGCGCUUCCGACUGCGACGGUUCCUCCUGUCGGGGAACGAGCCGACGUUAGUACCGUUCCCCCGGUAACUCCAGAAGAAGAAAGAAAAGUAAACAUCUGCAAUGAACAAUGACCAUAGUUGACAGAUCUUCAGAGAAGUCUGACCACGAGUCAGUCGGGUGUAAGCGAUCUCCCUUCACCAGUGGAAACGUGGGGAUGGACGGUAGCUGUUCCAGCAGCUGGGCGAUGGGUCCGUCCAUGUCCGGCGACUCUCCGAGGCUGAAGGCCGCAGGAGGCUGCCUCGGCCCGACGCCCGGAGCCGCAGUCUACAACAGCACGCCCUCCUCGGUGGACUGGCCCAAGGAGCAGGUGAUGAGCGGUGGUGAUGGCAUCGACUCGCCCCAGAAGGUCCUUUUCCUUCAAGAGCGGCUCAACCUAAAGUGGACUCAGGUUCACCGCAUUGGUGCAGGCCUGCAGAACAUGGGGAACACCUGCUUUCUUAACUCAGCCCUGCAGUGUCUCACUUACACACCUCCUUUUACUAACUAUUUGCUGACACGGGAGCACUCCAAAACAUGUCACGAGCCGGGGUUCUGUAUGAUGUGCACCAUGCAAAACCACAUCAUUCAGGUUUUUGCAAACUCUGGAAAUGUCAUUAAGCCCAUUGGUGUGCUGAAUGAGCUCAAAAGGAUUGCUAAGCACUUCCGCUAUGGAAGCCAGGAGGAUGCCCACGAGUUCCUGCGGUACACAGUGGACGCUAUGCAAAAGUCCUGCUUACCUGGAACCAAAUUGGACCGACAAACGCAGGCAACCACUUUCAUCCAUCAAGUAUUUGGCGGGUACCUACGGUCCAGAGUUAAAUGUUUAAACUGCAAAGCAGUCUCUGAUACAUUCGACCCUUUUCUAGAUAUAACUCUAGAAAUUAAGACGGCUCCCAGUGUCUCCAAGGCUCUGGAGCAGUUCGUCAAGCCUGAACAGCUGGAUGGAGAAAAUGCCUACAAAUGCACCAAGUGCAAAAAAAUGGUCACAGCCUCAAAGAGAUUCACCAUCCACCGCAGUUCAAAUGUGCUCACCCUCUCACUCAAACGCUUUGCAAACUUCAGUGGAGGCAAAAUCACAAAGGAUGUGAAAUAUCCAGAGUACCUGGACCUGCGGCCCUUCACGUCUCAGUCUCAAGGGGAGCCGCUGGUCUACGGGCUGUAUGCUGUGCUCGUCCACUCUGGGUUCAGCUGCCACGCUGGACACUACUUCUGCUACGUUAAGGCCAGCAAUGGGCAGUGGUAUCAGAUGAACGACUCCUCCGUGUCCGUCAGCGACAUCCGCUCCGUCCUCAACCAGCAGGCCUACGUCCUUUUCUACGUCAAGUCCCGUGAUGUGAGGAGAGCAGGCGACUACAGCCACAUGAGCCAUAACCCAGGCGUCCCCGGUCAGUCUUCUCCACGGCCGGUGGUGAUACCGCGCAUCAACACCACCGUCCACCACGGCAACACCGGCUUCAUAGGCCCGCAGCUGCCCCCACACAUGACCAAGCGCAAUCUCCACGUUAACGGGAAUGGAUCUCUGAGGGACUAUCCCACCAACUCCAAGCCCAGCACCAGCGUUGUGGGCAAACCUAACCACGGACCGGCCUCUUCCUCUGCUUCCAUCUCCCACUCAAUCAGCCGGCCCACUAUGAUCCCGGACCACGACAAGCGCCAGAAACUUUCCUUCUUCAUUGGACAAGGCAAACUGAACCGCCCGUCGUCCUCGUCGUCUUACAGCCAGCCGUCCUCUGCCAGCGGCAGCAGCUGCUCCUCCAGCUCUUUGUCCUCCUCACAGUCUACCUCAGACGUCCGCUUCGUUCCACGUCAGCUUAACCACGCGUCCCGCAGCAACGGGGAUCACCACGCGUCCUUCUUGGUGCCCUACGGCCAAGAGUCCUCAGAGGAAUCGGACCAGGAGAACUGUGGCUCUCUGGCCGCGUCCCACCUCAACGGAAACAAGCGAACGGGGGCCGCCUUUGAUCAUUCCACGCGAGCCACCAACGGACUGUCGGCAGUGCACCACAAUGGCAACGGGUUACACGGGCCGACCAAUGGCGUCUCCGAAUGCAGUCAGAACGGACACCACCAUGAACACCACAAAGUGAACGGACACGAACCCCCCGAUAAAGUCUCUGGCAGUAAUCAUGGAGGUUUUUCCUCUGUGACUGCUGUUGCUGCUAAUGGACUCGACAGUGACCACAGUCAAACAAGUGACGAGGCCCAUAAUUCCUCCUCAUCCAAGGCCAGUUCUUCUCCGGGCAUCCAUCCUGCGUCCGGUGACAGCCAGCACCUCUCCGCCCCGGACACGAGGGCGAGCGACGCGUCUGAGCCCCUCCCUCAGCACGCAGCGCCCUCCGCCGUUACCUCUCCGCCCUCGGCUGCUCCGACAAAGACCCACUCCGUCUCGUCCAAAGAAUCGGCUUCCCCUGCUGCUCGGCAUUGCGACCCUACGGCCUCAUCCGUCCCGCCGGACUGCUCCCGGAAACACAACGGGGCCUCUGCAGCGCCACAGAAAGUCUGCAGCGGUGGGGGGGAUGCGAGAGAUUUCCCACCGACCUGCAGUGCGUCAGCGGGGACUGAAAGACGCGGCGAUUCUGAUUCUGAUUCCAAGGAAAAACACCAGUUCAAGCCCAGUUUGAGAGGCCAUGAAGUACAAAGUUACAGAGAGUGCGAGAGAGACAGAUCGUACUGGGACAGAGACCGGGAGAGACACUACAGGGACCGGAGUCACCGGCGGGACCCCAGAGACCACCACCACCAGCGGCCGUACAGGGAGCGUUUUCCUCCUCACAGCCGCUCCUACAGGGACUCGGGGUCCGAGCAGCGCCGGGAGCGAAGCCUCCAGCACUCGAGGGAGCGCGACCGCGACAGAUGCUCCAACCAUCACCACCAUUAUCACAGCCGCCGCUACAAAGAGGACCGGGGCCGUGAGCGGAGGGGACGCGGCUCUCCGUCCAGGGAGAAGUGUCCCGAUCGAGGGAGGCGCCGGCCGGACAGCCGAGAAUCACGGGGGAGCGGCGGCAGGGAGAGGGACCGCUAUCCGGCAAAAGAAGAGAAUUCCUCAGAGCCAGAAACCUCCACAAAGUCCAUGGACUCGCCCACUCAGGCCUGUCGCUCCGCGUUCGGAUCGGCUCCAGACGGGGGGGAUCAGAAUCACAGGAGGUCGGCUGAUCCUCUGAGCAAGGAGAGGGACGACGGCUCCGAGGCCCGCCGCUCUGGAAAACACAAGAAGAGCAAGAAAAAGAAGAAGUCGAAGGAUAAAGACCGGCGCCGUGACAGCGGAAGCUCCGAAGUGGAUUCCGACCGAGCCACUGAAACAAAAAAGAAGAAGAAGAAGAAGAAAAAGAGGUCGCGGGACGGCGAGUCGCGCAGCCCGGGAGCGUCUCGCCGCCAGAGGAGCAGAAGCAGCGAGGAGGAGGAGAGCCGCAAGCGUCGCCACGACGACACCAAGGAGGCUCAACGCGACCGCGUGUCUCUGCCAGAGAAGCGCCGGCGCCCGGACCACACGGAUCCAGUCUCCUCCAACCACGCGGCCCCCACACACGGUUCGUGUCACCUCCAUCUCAACGGACACAGAGCUAUCGACGGUGUCCCUCCCCCAAAGUCGGCCUCAAAAAUACCCAACGCGUGGAAAUAACGCCGCCCGCCGCGCAGCCCGUCCUGUGCGUGUCCAUCCUGUUUCGGAGGGAAUGGUUCUGGCUCGUCUCCGCACACGCCGGCCCGACCGGUGCUGCUGCGCCGCAGGAACUCGUAUUAUGGGUGCAGAUAUUUAUGCUCCACGCUAUGCAAACAGAUUGUAUGGAGGCCUCUUCUCAUUUCAGAAACACAUUUUAACAGCAAAGGAAUGACGUAAACGACUUUUCUUUUGACGUGGUGCUUCUUUGUUGGGGUCAUAUUGUAUUUUUACCACAAACAAAGUAUUUUAACUGUUGAGCUCUUUUUUUUUUUUUCUAAGGCAGAUUAAUUUGCCUCAAUUCUCCUAACGGUUGAUAAGAAAAACGACUGUCACUCAAUUAACAUUUACGAUGAAGAAUAUUAAUAUAUAUACUCGUAUGAACUCAAACUCUGCUUGGAGCUUGAACAUCAACUGCUGCUCAGUGGAACUCAGGACUUGAACACUUGUUAAAAUCUGCUUCUAACCCGAAUGAUUCUGAAGGGAAAGGUGUUUCCUCGGAGACGAGCGGAGGCCUCGUGUGGCUGCAGGUUUAAGAUGUCACCGUAUCCGCGGGCGUCUUUGGGUCGUUUCUGUGCUCGAAUGAAUGAGGAGCCUCGUUAAACCUGGACCGACUUGAGAACAUUUGCCAGCUCUUUGUAUUUUAUUUGGUUUCCAUCGUUGCUCUGAAGAAUCACCCUGUGGUUUUUCUUCAGAUACAAAAGGUUUCUUUCCUCCGGAUCAUGACUCUCACGUUCUUUUUAUUUUAAACAUUUAAAAGAUAAAAACAUAAGAAACAUGGUGUUCUGGCUGUGGACCAUUUCAGUUUGCUUUUUAAUGAAAGUUUGUUUUGUAGCGUGAUAAAAAAACUGUGAAUUUAAUUUGAACUGUAUUAUCAGUUACUUUUAUAUGUAAACAUCCUGUAUCAGGGUUCAGUAGAUGUGUUACUUUUGUUUUUAGAAACCUUCAUCUUCAAUUUGACCUUUUUAACUUUAGACAGAAGUUGAAGAACUGCUGUUGUACCUUUUUAGUUUAGCAUGUCAGAAUUUAUAUAAGGUAGAAGCCUUAAAAUACAUUUGUGAAAGUCAGAAAUUGUAAUUUGGUCUUUGACUUUGUUUACAUGAAAUGAAUGAAAAAUGGAAGUUGAUGACUACGAGUUGUCGGAUUUUA